AUGUCUGUCCGCCCGCAUAUGCAUGCCGGUGUGAGUGAUGUGUAUGGAUGGAUGACUAUUUUUCAGCCGUUUCCAGGCCCAAGGGAUCCGGAGACACGGGAGGAACAAGAAAAGGACGAAGCAACAGCAGCUCGUUUCCACCAACCGCGGCGGCCUUCGUUGGACAUCUCAACCUUGCAUCGAAGCGAAAUGUGCAGGCUGCAAGAGAGUGAAGGACUGCUAAGGGCUGGGAACCGGGAUAUUGAAACCGUCCACGUGACUUCUCAAGUGUUAUUCUUCUGUUUUUUUUCUUUUUUCUUCUUCGUCUCUUUCUCAACCUUCAUCUUCCUUGCAAUCGACGUCUUCUCGGUCUUCUCGGCGGCCCCAGAAGCCAUAUAUCCCGCCGAAUCUUGUCGGAGAUGGCUGGAGAUGGAGAUUGGAUGGAUAAUUAUAGCCCACCCGGCGACGUCAGCGAUCGGAGGACAGGCUAGGCGUAUAAGGUUGCCGCAGAUCGGGGCUUCUGUGAUGGUUCCAUGA